AUGAAUAAUGUACAAUUUUCUGAGAGGCAGAUAUCUGCCUUUAGCCAUGAGUACAAAAUCAGACGAAAGCGUCAGAUGCUUAGAUUUUUCUGUGCAACUGCAUUGACGCUUGUAUCCUGUAGAGUAGCAUACAGAGGAAUGCUAGGAAGAAAGUAUAUACCCAAUAUGUUUCAAUUGAACUACAAACCUCCACCUUUCUCUUACAAGGGAGAAGCUGCUAGUGCGUUAGUUCUCGGUACAGGACUAGCAACUGGUGGACUUACCAUGAUGGUGUUUGGAGGGUGUUGGAUUGCAGAUAUCUCUACUUUCCCAGAAUUUAGUUACAAAUUAAAGCGACUCAUGGGUCAAGAAUCAGACUCAUCGCAGUUGCCAAUGGACACAGAAACUUCACAGAUCGUAAACCAAUUGGAACAACUACUGAAUAAUGAUAAGAAAUGA